AUGUUCCGCUCCUGCGGAAUGGCGCUCGCGCGCCCCGCGCGCCUCGCGCGCCCCGCGCGCCUCGCGCGCCCUCUAGCGCCCCCCGGUCCGCCUGGUGGCCGCGGUCGCGCCCCGCCCCCGGCCCCGCAGCGCCCCGUGCUGUGCCGCGGCCUGGCCACGUACGAGAACCUCCUGAAGGGCUGCUCGCCGGAGAACAAGGAGGACGUCGCGCGCGUCCUGGAGAUCGCGGAGCGCGCCGCAGAGCGCUGGGCGGUGGCGUCGACCGACUUCUUCUACCCGCCGGUCGUCGCGGAGGCGAUGGCGGCGAUCAAGCAGAUGGCCGGCGUCGCCGCCUUCCCCUGGGGCGGCUACGAGGGCGCGGAGCGCUGCCGGCUGGUGUGCGGGCACCCUGACCUGAUCGACGCCCUGGAGCUCGCGCCGGCCGAGUGCGAGGAGGUCGCGGCGGUGGAGUGCGAGGGCAACUUCCUGUUCGACGCGGCCUCGCACCGGGACUUCCUCGGGUCGUGUCUCGGCACGGGCAUCGAGCGCGGCACCGUGGGGGACAUUGCGGUGCUGGGCGAGAAGGGCGCGCAGAUCCUGACGACGCCCGAGAUCGCCGGCCACCUCGAGCAGGCGCUGCUGCGCGUGCGCAGCGUGCCGGUGACGACGCGGAUCGUCCCGCUGUCGGACCUGCGCAUCCCGCCCAAGCGCACCAAGGAGGUGCGGACGACGGAGGCGUCGCUGCGCGUGGACGCGGUGGCGAGCAGCGGGUUCGGGAUGGGGCGGAGCAAGAUGGCGGACCUGGUCAAGGCGGGGGACGUGCGGGUGAACUGGAUCGAGUGCAAGAAGGCGGCGGCAGUGGUGGCGGAGGGCGACACCAUCUCGGUGACGGGCAAGGGGCGGUGCGAGGUGAAGAGCGUCGCGGAGACGGCCAAGGGACGGUACGCCGUCGUGCUCGUGCGGUACAUCUGA